GCUCGAGCGAGUCGACAGAGCGAGUGACAGGAAAGCAAAAUGGCGGAUGAAGAUGUUACGCUGAAUGGUAAACCUCUACAAUCGCUCCGUGUGGCAGACUUGAAAGCCGCUUUGGAGCAACGAUGCCUCCCUAAAAGCGGGGCGAAAAAUACACUCAUUAAGCGACUGAAAGGGGCUCUAAUGUUGGAGAAUCUUCAGAGGACCUCCACUCCCCAUAUUGGGCUCCAGCCCAACUCCCAGAUUGGGGAGGAGAUGAGCCAAAACAGCUUUAUAAAGCAGUACCUGGCUCAGCAGCAGGAGCUCCUCCGCCAGAGGCUGGAGAGAGAGGCCAGGGAGGCAGCCGAGGCCGACGAAAGCCCAGCGGGCCCUGAGGAGGAGGAGCACACAGAGGAGGGCAACGACAGCGAUUCCUAUAACCCUGACAAGCAUCGCCCCAUGCCCUCCCAGCCCCCACUGACCCGGGCUGAGGAAGAGGGAGGAGGGCCAAUGAUGAUGGGGCACCAGGGCCAAGGGAUGAUGAUGGGGCACCAGGGCCAAGGAAUGAUGAUGGGGAAAGGCCAGGGGAUGAUGUCCCAGGGUAUGGGCCAAGGGAUGAUGUCUCGCAGACCAGACUUUGGUCCAGGCUCUGUGCCUCAGGAGUCUUCUGACGCCCCCGGAGGUCCUGGAUCCUGGAUGCAGCAGCGUCCCUCCCUCCAACAUGGCCUCCACCACGAGGAGCCCACCACCCCCUCCCCGCCACGAGCUGUGGCCUCCCUGUCGGUGCGCGUCCUAGGGGACCCUGAGCGCCAGGGCCUGCCCCCGUCCAUGCCACCCCGCGCCCAGACCCAGGAGAAGGAAGGCACCGCCCCGGCGGAUGACGAUCGACCCGCCCACUCUGUCCUCCACCUCAGCCGCUCCGCCCGGGCAGCAGCUGGCAGUAACAGUGUCCAGGAAGACUGUGACGAUGAUGAUGACAGCAGUGAGGAGGAUGAAGAUGAGUGGGGACCUGCGGCGAGGAGAGGGGGCGGUGGCGGAAGAGGGUUAGCCCCUCCCCCCCAGCCCCAGCAGCCUUCCCCCAGCAUCCCAGCUGCCCGAGAGAGAUCUAGACGCAAGCUUCAGCCUCCGCAACACAUCCCCCCUCAGCAGGUAGUACACCAGCCCCCCAUGCAGCUCCGGCAGCCCACCCCGCCCCCCUCUCCACCCCCAGAGCUCUCCUUCCCCCUCCCCGACACCCCCAAACAGAGCCCGCCCGACAUGGAUGAGGAGCCAGAAGGAGCAGGGGCUGGGGUGUCCGUCCGCCCCCCUCCAGGUGGCCUCCAGAGGCAGGACUCUGACUCCAGCUCCCGAUCCAGCAGCCCAGAGCCCCGAGCCAAGCGACGACCCGGACCCCUCUCCUUGCUGGCUCGCAAGAUGGCGUCCGAGGGAGCUUACGGGAAGAGAGGUGAGGGUGCGCCAGCGGACGGCCAGACAGGUCCUGGAGGGGAGGCUUCCAGACCAGGAGAUGGAGUUGGCAGCAGCCAAGGAGCUGGAGCAGGACCGGGGGUUGAGGUGGUCAUGUUCCCUGGGGCUUCUAUCACCCACACAGGAGGCAGCAGCACAGGGCACACAGGAUUUGUCACUGUACCUGAGGUCCCUGCACCAGUGGUUAUGUUUGGAUCAGGAGCCCAGUCCCAUCCUCUCCCUCUGCUGUCUGUGGCAGCUGUCCCCAGCUUAACCCUCACCACCAAGCCCCAGUGUCCAUCUGGAGAGACGGCACAGAAGAAGACAGAGAAAGAAACAAAGCAGGCGGAGGAAAAGGAGAGGAAGAUGAAGCAGGUGGAGAAGGAGAGUCACCUGCCGCCAUGGCAGCGUGGACGUGACUUGACGCUUCCAUCUGCGUCUUCACAAUUUGGGUCUGGGGGUUCAGAGGAGCCUGUGAUGGACCAGGGAGACACCCCGAAAAAGUCACCCUUCGGCAGGGACAAACCCCUCUCCUCCGCUCCCGGCUCAGCCAUGGCGACCACCAGCUCCCCGCCUGCCAUCACCCCCAAGAAGCCCCGCAUGUUCUCCGACACCUCUUCCGGCUCCAUGAUCUCCCCUCCCAAACCUGUGCAGCAGGGGUCAGUGGUGUUGACCACCCCAGGGGAACUCCCUGAACCCCAUGGUGUAUCUGAGAUACCCCAGGUAGUCCUUGUCUCAGGGGCCCAGCAGCACACAGACGACACCAUGGAGGUUACCGCACUGAACAAGGUGUCCGUAGAGAAGCCUGGAUGGAAAGCUGGAGGAGACGAUGAGAAGCUGGAGAAAGAGCGUGCCAGCCUGGCGGAGAAGGAGCGUGCCAGCCUGGCGGAGAAGGAGCGUGCCAGCCUGGCGGAGAAGGAGCGUGCCAGCCUGGCGGAGAAGGAGCGUGCCAGUCUGGCGGAGAAGGAGCGUGCCUGCCUGGCGGAGAAGGAGCGUGCCUGCCUGGCGGAGAAGGAGCGUGCCUGCCUGGCGGAGAAGGAGCGUGCCUGCCAGGCGGAGAAGGAGCGUGCCUGCCAGGCGGAGAAGGAGCGUGCCUGCCAGGCGGAGAAGGAGCGUGCCUGCCAGGCGGAGAAGGAGCGUGCCUGCCAGGCGGAGAAGGAGCGUGCCUGCCAGGCGGAGAAGGAGCGUGCCAGCCAGGCGGAGAAGGAGCGUGCCAGCCAGGCGGAGAAGGAGCGUGCCAGCCUGGCGGAGAAGGAGCGUGCCAGCCUGGCGGAGAAGGAGCGUGCCAGCCUGGCGGAGAAGGAGCGUGCCAGCCUGGCGGAGAAGGAGCGUGCCAGCCUGGCGGAGAAGGAGCGUGCCAGCCUGGCGGAGAAGGAGCGUGCCAGCCAGGCGGAGAAGGAGCGUGCCAGCCAGGCGGAGAAGGGGACUUCUAAACCCGGGGAGACCAAGAGAAGGGGACCUGAAGAGACUGUUGAGGUUGAGCCCAUGGGACCUGUUCUACCCCCUUCUUACCCAGGUAAGGGAGAAGAUGAGAGGAAGGGGAAGGAAGAUGAGAGGAGGAGGAGGAAGGAAGAUGAGAGGAAGAAGGAAGCAGAGCGAGGCAGGCGUGGGGAGAGGGUGAGGCACAGGAGGUCAUCUCCCUCUAGUGGUGGCGACUCUUCAUCCUCGGACUCUGGAUCCUCUUCGUCACGUUCCUCUGGCUCCACCUCCUCCCGGGACAAAAAAAAGAAGACUGGCACAGGAAAAGGGGAUGAAAAGAGAAGACUGUACAAAGGAGGAGAGAAGAAACAAUCUGCCAGGGAGGUAAAGCAGUCUUCCCUGUCAGAGCCAUCUGGCCCUAUGGAGGUGGAGAGGCCAGACCCAGGCCAGACCCAGCCCACCCCCGUCGGAGACCCACAGAACAGUGAGGGCUGCAUGGAGGAGAGCACCACUCCUAAAGCGUUCGCUGCACGCAAGAUCUCCUUGACCACAGGCAGUAAGACGUCUCCAGAGGGAGGAGCAGCAGCAGCAGCAGGGGGGGAGGCAGAGUCCGGGACCGCCGCUGGGAGGAAGAGGAGGUGGGGAUCCAGCACGGCCGUCAACGCCAAGAAACCAUCCAUCAGCAUCACCACAGACUCACUCAAGUCUCUGAUCCCAGACAUCAAGCCCAGUCAGGAUGCUGUGGUGGAUCUCCACCCUGAUGACAUCCAGUUGUCUGGGGACGAGGACACCACCAGGGAGGACAAGGGCCUCAAGAUCAGACGCACUGUCACACAGGUGGUUCCAAGUGAAAACCAGGAGAAUGGCCAAGGAGAGCAAGAUGAAGAGGAGGAGGAGAAGAAACAGGAGCAUGACAGAGAGAAGACACAGAAAGAGAAGAGGAAGGACAGCUACUCAGAAGACACCAUGGAGUCUCAGUCCUCCGCUACGCACGACACCGACGCUAAGAAAGUCACUCCCAGUGAUACGCUGGUGCGUCGCUCCAUCAGCCAGCAGAAGUCAGGUGUGUCUGUCACCAUCGACGACCCGGUUCGCACCGCCAAACAGCCCUCUCCGCCCAAAGGCAAAGUCUCCAGCAUCGUCCACGUCUGUAACCUGGUACGACCUUUCACGCUGGGUCAGCUGAAGGAGCUGCUGAACAGGACAGGCUCAGUGGUAGAGGAUAGCUUCUGGAUCGACAAGAUCAAGUCUCACUGCUACGUCACUUACUCCAGCACAGAGGAGGCUGUGGCCACACGAGCUGCGCUCCACGGGGUGAAGUGGCCCCAAAGCAACCCUAAGGUUCUCAGUGUGGACUUCUGUGAGCAGAAUGAGCUGGACUUUCACAGGGGCCUACUGACCGUGGAUCCCAGAGAGGAGCACCGCCCCCAGCCUGGUGUGGGUCCUGGAGGUCCCAAAGUCCGACCGGGCGUGCUGCCCCCUCUGAUGGACGGGCGCGGGGACCGCGGCGUGGUCGGAGGGGUGCGGGACCAGUGGGCGGAGAGAGAGAGGGAGAUGGAACGCCGGGAGAGGACCAGGGCGGAACGUGAGUGGGACCGGGACAAGGUUCGAGACUUCGGAGGCAAACCAGGAGAGGAGAGGGAGAGGGGGAGGAGAUCUCGCUCCCUGGAUAGAGAGAGAAGGCGGAAGGAGAGGGACGGCAAGGAGAAGAAGACCGACAAAAAGGAUGAGCCUCCUGCCAAAUUACUAGACGACCUCUUCAAUAAGACCAAAGCAGCUCCCUGUAUAUACUGGCUCCCCCUCACUGAAGAACAGGCAAACCAGAGGGGAAAAGAACGGGAAGAGCGACAGAAAGAACGAGAGAGGAGGCGGAAAGAACAGCAGGAGGAGGAGGACAAGAAGCGAGAGGAGGAGAGAAAGGAGAGAAUUAAAAGCAGAGAGAAGGAGGGAGGAGCUGCGGUAAGCACUGGAAGUGUGAGUGUCCGGGGAUCUGAGGGAGACCGGGAUAGAGAAAGGGAGCGAGGGAGGGAGAGAGAGGGGGAGAAGAGGAGGGACAGUGGUGGAUUCAGACCCAGAGGUCCUGAUACUAAACCCUCUGUUGGGUUCCGACGCUCCCGUAGCCGUAGCAACCCCCGAGACAAACGCCGUUGAGUGUUCAGUUUGACGGAGUGAGAGAUGGGGAGGAAAAAAGGAUGGAUGCAGUCCCUCAUUCAACAUACAAUUGGAACACAGCAGAAAGAGAUUUCUAGUCCCCCUCCUUUACAUUAAAACCACUUCCAUAGUCUUCAGGUUAACAGGCUGUUCCUCUUCUGGCUAUCCUGUCCUUUGUGCCAGGGAGACUCCUAUUUAGAAAACCCCAAAUCCUCACUCAGUAAUGCCGUCUGUCUCUCACAUGUUCAUAAAAAUCUACAUGUAUGGUCACAUGUUGAUAGUUUAGUGAACCGAAAAAUGUCUGCCUCCAAAAUGGCACCCUAUUUCCUAUAUGAAGGCAAAAGUAGUGUACUAUAUGGGGAAUAGAUACGGUGACAUUUCGCCCUCCCGCUUCCUCCUAUAGCUGUCUCAUCUGUCUCAAGCUUCUCAUACGAAGCAGUCCAGAGGCCUAUUCUGAGCUCUGGAAAUUCUCAUGCGUUUUAACCACAAAUGGAAAGAAAGGGUGGAGGUUUGCCUCAAGGCCUGGAACAGAGUCUUGUUCCACCAAUCUCUGCGGGCACACAGUAAUAAGACUCUUCCCUGUAAUAAUCCAUUUAAAAAUAGCAGCCCAGCUUACCAACCCCCAAAUGUGUUCUAGAAUCAAUUUUAGUAUUUCAAAAUCCAGUGAAGUUAUUUUUUCUACGACCGGUACCAAGGCCCUUUGUAGGGUCAUGUGAAGGUUAUUUUUUCUGCUUUGAUGUUUUAUUAUGAUGAAUCAUGUAAAUCUCAGCCUUGGAUGGUUUUUGUGUGUUCUAGUGUGUGUGGUGUGGUGGUGCUCUGCUCUCCCUCUCCACACACUAAGGUUAAAGUUGGUCAUGUGUCAUUACACUGAAAGCAGCAUAUGUUAAAGAAAAUUAGGAAACUGUCUUUUUGCCUUGUCAGAGGGGUAGGGACAUUCUUGUGUGGGGUGGGGUGGGGGACUGAUUUCAUUUAUGCACACUUGGCAUGUAUACUGUUCUUUUUAGGUUGUUUGGGUAGGGGGGGGUCCAAACGCACUGGGAGAAUCUGUGUGGCACGAUGUGAAACUGUCCCAACAUGUGAAACUAUCGCUUUCUUGCUCUCUUCCUUAUUCACUCGGUGUACCCUCGACCCUCCCAGUUCUUUUUGUAAAUGAAUCAGACGAGUUUAACUUAGAUUAUUACUGUUUUAAUUUUGUUUUUAAUUUGUUUGAAACUGAAUCUUAUUUGGCUGUUUUUUUUCUCCUGUAAGUGCUGAAUGUACAAAGAAUUCAAAAUAAAUGUAAAAGUUUAAA